AUGUACACUUACCUGCCUGCCUUUUAUUAUAUAAAUAUAUUUCAGGCAUUCGUAGUAUCAGGGGCGGCCUUGAACAUAGUUGGCCAUGGAUGCGCUCACGGCUACCCCGCGGUGUUGUUCUCUCAGAUCAAGAGCGACGGGGGUCCAGUCACCCUCACGGAUCACGAUAUGUCAUGGAUUGCAUCAGCGGUUGGUGUGAUGGGCAUAUUAGGUAAUUUCAUAUCACCGAUCUUGAUGACGAGGUACGGCAGACAGAAGGCUCACCUUAUGUGUACGGUACCAGCUUUACUUGGCUGGGUGGUUUUCGUCCUAGGCAACUCCGUGCCUUUGUUCCUAUUCGCUAGAAUCUUACACGGACUCGCCUUAGGUCUUCGAACUCCAUUAGCAGCUAUACUUGUAGCGGAAUACACGGAACCAAGAUAUAGAGGCGCUUUUCUGGGCACAUUCGCUAUAUCUCUAGGUUUGGGAAUUCUUCUUGCGCAUGUAUGGGGUUCUUAUAUGUCUUGGAAAAUGACGGCUGUAGUAUGUUCGGUGUUCCCUAUAAUAGCUAUGGCGAUCAUAAGUCUAUCACCUGAAUCGCCUAGUUGGUUUGUUUCUAAGGGAAAAUUCGACAAGGCAAAGAAAUCUUUUAGGUGGAUCCGCGGGGAAGGACCAGAGCAAACAGAAGAAUUAGAAUCAAUGAUACGAGCUCAAGAAAUAGAAAUGGUUAAAUCUGAUAUUCAUGAUAGGAAAAAGAUUAAAUUGAACACUCUAUUCGGUGGAAUCUUUGAUUCAAUAAAGACAGCCAUGAGAGUGUUUAAGAAGAAAGAAUUUUACAAGCCGUUGACCAUAGCUAUAUGUAUGCUAAUAGUAUUUGAGUUCGGUGGAGCGCAUAUGGUGCCGGCCUAUGGGAAUUUGAUCUUGCAAUCAGUAUUAGAUAAAGAUGACCCAAAAGACGUUGCUUGGCAGUUCACUGUCAUGGACUUCCUAAGGACUAUCUGCGCUCUGCUAGCUAUAUUCCUAUUGAAGAACGUUAAACGCAGAACCAUUCUAUUCACGAGCGGAGUUUUCACUGUAUUAUCUUUAACCUUAAUAUCAGUUUUCAUAUAUUUAAGGAAAUAUGAAGUUCUAACCCACAGUUGGUUAUUGGACACUGUUCCUAUGAUUUUAAUGAUAUUUUACACUGUGUCCUUCUGUUUGGGACUUGUUCCGUUGAAUUGGGUGAUAUGUGGAGAAGUUUUUCCUUUGACGUAUAGAAGUCUUGGUUCGACUUUGUCUACGUCUUUCCUUACACCAGCAUUCGUGGUAUCAAUGAAGACAGCUCCUCAUUUCUAUUCAUCUAUAGGAGUUGAGGGAGCUUUUCUGGUUUAUUCUGGAACUUUGACGGUCUGUUUGUUGAUCAUGUACGCGAUUUUGCCAGAAACAAAGGAUAGGACGUUGCAAGAUAUAGAAGAUAGUUUUAAGGGUAGGAAGCAAUUGGAUGUUGAAGUUCAGCUCAGUUUGAUGGGGAGAGAUAAUACAGUGAAGUAA